UUUGGGGGCCAGAGGCCGGGAGCUGUCAGACCGCCCAUGCGCGGACUCAGCAGCAGAGGAGGCUGCGGGAGCGCGCAGGGGAAAAGGCAGAAGGGCAGCUCCUCCAAUGUAACUCUCCUCCUCCUACCGCGGCGCUGGUGGCAGCAGUAGCUGCUGCGGCGGCAGCACCUUGCAGUCCCAGAAGCUACACCAUGCUUCUAGCUGCCCAGUCACUGAACAGAGUCGGAGGGUCCCUUGUCUCCUGCCCCUCUGGCCAGAGCCUCUAAGGCUGAGAGCUCACUACCCCUGUCCACACCAAUUCUGAGAGGACUUUUCUUUUCUCUUCUUUUUGGCUUUGGCAUUUGGGAGCACCGGGCAGCGAAGUGGGAAGUGGGCUACAGAAGAAGGGCUGAGGAGACAGCUGCACAAGUCGGCGCUGGGCUCCGGCCUGAGACUUGCACCGAUGUGGCAAGAAGCGAUGAGAAGGCGCCGCUAUCUGCUGGACAGGGCAGAGGCUGCCGCGGGUGGAGGAGGCAACGGGUCCGGGGCUGGGGGCUGUGGCGGCCGGCUGCACAAGUCCCGGGACUGGCUCUACGAGUCCUACUACUGUAUGAGCCAGCAGCACCCACUCAUCGUCUUCCUGUUGCUAAUUAUCAUGGGCGCCUGCCUAGCCCUCCUCUCCGUCUUCUUUGCUUUGGGGCUGGCAGUUGAAGAACAUGUGGCGUUUUUAAUAACAGUUCCAACAGCUCUUGCUAUUUUCUUUGCAAUAUUUAUUCUCGUCUGCAUUGAGUCUGUAUUUAAGAAGCUGCUUCGUGUUUUCUCUUUGGUAAUAUGGGUAUGCCUCGUUGCCAUGGGAUAUUUGUUCAUGUGUUUUGGAGGCUCCAUCUUUCCUUGGGACCAGGUAUCAUUUUUUUUAUUCAUUAUCUUUGUGGUAUACACUAUGCUGCCCUUCAACAUGAGAGAUGCCAUAAUUGCCAGCGUACUGACCUCCUCAUCCCACACCAUUGUGCUGAGCAUCUGUCUCUCCACUACAGAAGGAGUAAAGGAGCACUUGGUUUGGCAGAUACUAGCAAAUGUCAUCAUUUUCAUCUGUGGAAACCUGGCAGGAGCCUACCACAAGCACCUCAUGGAACUGGCUCUACAGCAGACCUAUCAGGAUACUUGUAACUGCAUUAAGUCCAGAAUCAAGUUGGAAUUUGAAAAGCGGCAGCAGGAGCGUCUUCUGCUUUCUUUACUGCCUGCUCACAUUGCCAUGGAAAUGAAAGCAGAGAUCAUUCAGAGGUUGCAGGGACCCAAAGCAGGCCAGCUGGAAAACACAAACAACUUUCACAAUCUCUAUGUCAAGAGGCACACCAAUGUGAGCAUAUUAUAUGCUGACAUUGUUGGAUUCACCCGUCUGGCUAGUGACUGCUCUCCAGGGGAACUAGUGCACAUGCUGAAUGAACUCUUUGGAAAGUUUGAUCAAAUUGCCAAGGAAAAUGAAUGUAUGAGAAUCAAAAUUUUAGGAGACUGCUACUACUGUGUGUCUGGCCUCCCUAUAUCUCUUCCAAACCAUGCCAAGAAUUGUGUGAAAAUGGGACUAGAUAUGUGUGAAGCCAUAAAGAAAGUAAGAGAUGCAACUGGAGUUGAUAUCAACAUGCGUGUGGGAGUACACUCUGGGAAUGUCCUCUGUGGUGUAAUUGGUUUGCAGAAGUGGCAAUAUGAUGUCUGGUCUCAUGAUGUUACACUAGCAAAUCACAUGGAAGCUGGAGGUGUUCCAGGGCGUGUUCACAUUACUUCAGUUACCUUAGAACACUUGAAUGGAGCUUACAAAGUAGAAGAAGGAGAUGGAGAUAUCAGAGACCCAUAUCUGAAGGAACAUUAUGUCAAAACCUAUUUUGUGAUCAAUCCCAAGGGAGAAAGACGAAGUCCUCAGCACCUCUUUAGACCCAGGCAUACAUUAGAUGGAGCCAAGAUGAGAGCAUCUGUCCGCAUGACCCGGUACUUGGAAUCCUGGGGAGCAGCCAAGCCCUUUGCACACUUACAUCACAGGGACAGCAUGACAACAGAAAAUGGCAAGAUCAGUACCACAGAUGUGCCAAUGGGUCAGCAUCACUUUCAGCACCGCACAUUAAGAACCAAAUCACAGAAGAAAAGAUUUGAAGAAGAAUUGAAUGAAAGGAUGAUUCAGGCAAUCGAUGGAAUCAAUGCUCAGAAGCAGUGGCUCAAAUCUGAAGAUAUUCAAAGAAUUUCUCUGCUUUUCUAUAACAAAACACUAGAGAAAGAAUACAGAGCAACCACAUUACCUGCAUUCAAGUAUUACGUGACUUGUGCUUGCCUCAUCUUCUUUGGCAUCUUUAUUGUGCAGAUACUAGUAUUACCAAAAACAUCUAUUCUUGGGAUUUCCUUUGGAGCUGCAUUUCUCUUGCUUUCCUUCAUCCUUUUCAUCUGUUUUGCCGGACAGCUGCUGCAAUGCAGCAAAAAAGCCUCUGCCUCAUUAUUGUGGAUUUUGAAGUCAUCUGGAAUAAUUGCAAAUCGUCCCUGGCCACGGAUCACUCUCACAGUUACCACCACUACCAUUAUAUUAACCAUGGCCAUCUUCAACAUGUUUUUCCUGAAUGAGGCAGAAAUAACACUCCCCUCAGAUUUCAACACAUCAAAUUCAAGUUUCCCUGACUCAACUGACCAAAAUUCUCAGAAUACACAGAAGUAUUUUUUCCUGCCGUAUUUCAUUUACAGCUGCAUUCUGGGCUUGAUAUCUUGUUCUGUUUUCCUACGGAUAAACUAUGAAUUGAAAAUGAUAAUCAUGCUGAUUGCACUUGUGGCUUACAAUAUCAUCCUCUUACAAACUCAUGCCUCUAUACUUGAUGACUACAGCAACUUUCUUAUUAAAAGACCGGGCAUUUGGAAAGAUCUAAAGACCAUGGGUUCUGUGUCUCUCUUCAUAUUCUUCGUCACAUUACUGGUUCUGGGGAGACAGAAUGAAUAUUACUGUAGGUUAGACUUCCUAUGGAAGAACAAGUUCAAUAAAGAGCGUGAGGAAAUUGAAACCAUGGAGAACCUGAAUCGUGUCCUGCUGGAAAACGUACUCCCUGCCCAUGUGGCCGAACACUUCUUGGCCAGAAACUUGAAAAAUGAGGACUUGUAUCAUCAGUCCUAUGACUGUGUCUGUGUCAUGUUUGCCUCUAUUCCGGAUUUCAAAGAAUUUUAUACAGAAUCAGAUGUCAACAAAGAAGGCUUGGAGUGUCUUAGACUCCUGAAUGAGAUUAUUGCUGACUUUGAUGAUUUGCUGUCCAAACCAAAAUUUAGUGGAGUCGAAAAGAUCAAGACCAUUGGAAGCACUUACAUGGCUGCCACAGGACUGAGUGCCACACCCAGCCAAGAGCACACACAGGAGCCUGAGCGCCAAUACAUGCACAUUGGCACCAUGGUGGAAUUUGCUUUUGCCCUGGCAGCUAAAUUGGAUGUAAUCAACAAACAUUCCUUCAAUGACUUCAAGUUGCGAGUGGGUAUUAACCAUGGCCCUGUAAUAGCUGGUGUAAUUGGAGCUCAGAAACCUCAGUAUGACAUCUGGGGCAACACUGUAAAUGUGGCCAGCAGGAUGGACAGCACUGGAGUCUUAGAUAAAAUACAGGUCACUGAGGAGACAAACAUUGUCUUACAGACACUAGGAUACAUGUGCACUUGCAGAGGAAUAAUCAAUGUGAAAGGAAAAGGUGAACUGAAGACAUAUUUUGUACAUACAGAAAUGGCAAGGUCCCUUUCCCAGGCAAAUGUGGCAUCCUGAAGAAUAUGCCUGAAUUUGGCAAAAUAUAUCCUCUUUUCAGGAAAGUGCCCCACACUUUUGGAAGGCAUUUCUGUUCCCCUGAUUUGAAUGCGUGUGCUCUUUUCUGCUCUAUGGAACUUGUGCAGAAGAGUCUGCAUGCCCCAGUGGCUCACACGUCUCUUUUCUGACGUGCUGGGAUACUUGCAGAGAACACCAAGGGAUUAGACGACUGUACUGCCAUUUGCACUGUGUUUACGCUCAAGCAGAAAAAAAACUGAAAAAAAAUGAAGAGAAACAAGAAGAAAAGAAUGAAAGGACUUACAAUAUUAGGAGGAAUACAAACAAAACAAUUCUUAAGGCAAUAAAACUAGGGGGUGUAUAAUUUCUGGUGCAUGUUAUUUUCUGGAAAAUAUAGUAGCUCCCCAACCGCAUCCACUAGUCUGAUAUUAAAAUACACAGUAUUUGUAAAUAGGUUGGUUUUGUCCCUCCAUAUUAGUUGGACCGUCUUCACCUGCGUGUCUCCUAACCAGUGGCAGCCUGCAGGCCCUCUGUGAUGUGGUGUUGCCAGUGACGGCUUUCUAGCACUGUCUCAGAUCUCAUAGCCAAUGGUCCAUUGCCAUCGAAACCAGACAGAGUCCUCACCACACAGGACCAGUUUUGUACAAAAUACACCUUGUUUUGAAGCCAUUGUCUUUUGUAAGGUUAAUUCAUUAAAAAUUUAUAUGUAUUUUGUGUUGUGACUGGUGCCUUUCUCCACCCAUCUCUUUUUUUUUCCUCUUCCCUGAUAUAACCAAAGGGACACAUUCUCACCAGCUGUUCUCCUUCUGACACACCGGCAACACAUUUCAGAAAGAACUCCCUGAGUAUCAGGUGGAUGUGGUUUUCUUGAUCAGUUCUAGAAUCAGCCCUGUUUGGCCUCUCCACCACUUUCAGGUAUGAAUGACCUAGAAGGAUAAAAGUCAGUGGAGGCAAAGGCCAAGAAAGGCACCUUGGACACCUGCUGCAGGAUGCUCUGACCUGCUGUUGUGUCUAGUCUGGUUGCCAAAGACCUUGGGCAGAUCCAGAUCAAGUCUGGCCUAAACUACAUGUGGUCACAAUGCUAGAUGGGAAUAAUUAUACCUACACAUACAUAUCCUUUUCUAUACAUAUACUCACACAUACAUAUCC